UAAUUGAAAUUAAACAAAUUGGUAAAAGGUAUGGCGAUAAAACAGUUUUAAAUAAUGUUUCUUUUGUCGUGCGAAAAGGAACUAUUCAUGGCUUUAUUGGUCCUAAUGGAGCCGGUAAAACGACUACCCUCAGCAUUUUGAACCGCUUAGUCUUGCCAACCCACGGCGAGGCUUAUAUCGAAAGCAAAUCGGUUAACCACGACCCUCGCUUUAAUGAGCGAUUAGGUUUUAUUCCUGCUGAACCGAAAUUUCAGAACUUGACAGUAGAAAAAUAUCUGCUAGAUUGCGGUUACUUACGAGAUAUUCCGAAAAAAAUACCUUUUAAUGGUUUAGACCCGAGUUUUCGCCGAAAUUUAUUUAACAAUUUGAAAAAUAUUCGCGACAAAGGCGGCACCAUUUUAAUGUCAACCCACAUUCUUUCUGACCUCCAAAAAUUAGCCGACGAUAUUACUAUGAUUAGGAGAGGGCGCAUUGUUUACACAGGUCCGAAAACGGCUGACAUUGAAAAGACUUAUGAAGAGUAUUUUAUUGAAAAAGACCAACAAUUACUUGAAUUAUAA